CUACUCGACCUCCACCAUGCGACCAUCGCGACAUGGUAGUCCGGAUGGCGAAUGCUCGUGCAAGCUGUAGCGGUGGCUCUGGCCGCGGUGUCGCUGGCGGCGUCGCUGGCAUCGAUAAAAGGCUGGCGGGUGAGAGUUCGACAACACCUCACUCCCUCACCUCACGAUGACUCUUACCCAGCAGAAUGGCCACCAGGCUCAAUCCUCGCCCAACUCGACCGAUCCCAAGGUCUACGAGCAGUACAAAGGCGCCUUUGCCACGCUACCCACCGACGCCGCUGGCUGGAUCAAGCGCGCCCAGGAUGUCGGCGCGAUCCUCGCCGUCGACGCCGCCAAGCGCGACAGGGAGAACAAGUCGCCCCUUGCCGAGGUCGCCCUGCUGAAGCACUCGGGUCUCCUCCGCGUCGUCGCACCUACCAAGUACGGCGGUGGCGGCCAGCCCGUGAGCGUUGGCUACCGCGUCUUCCGCGAGCUCGCCAAGUAUGACGGUUCUCUCGGCGCCGUUCUCGGCUACCACACCUACUGGACCAUCAACGCUCGUACACGCGUCCUUGGUACCGAGGAGGAGGCUGAUGCGUUUGAGAAGCUCCUCACCGAGAACAACUACCUCGCCGGAUCAGCUGUCAACCCGCGCGACAACGACCUCCAGAUCACCGUCGGUGCCGAUGGCCUCACCUGGAACGGCUCCAAGCACUUUACAACCAACGCGGCUUUGUCUGACAUUGUCAUUCUCGAAGGUGCCCUUGACACUGACCCCACCAAGCACAUCUUUGCCUACGCGCUGUCCAAGACCGCUGGUAUCACCUUUGGCUUUGACUGGGACAACCUUGGCCUUCGUCUGACCGAGAGUGGUAGUGCCAAGUUUGACAACGUCAAGCUGCCCUGGUCGAACACGUUUGGUUGGAAGGACGGCCAGCCGAUCCCCGAGGCGACGGCGACGCCUUACGCGUCACUUCUGCUGCCCAACAUCCAGCUGGUGUUUGCGAAUGUGUACCUUGGUCUUGCCCAGGGUGCUCUUGAGGCUGGCAAGCAGUACACCACCAAGACGACGCGUGCUUGGCCGUACGGCGGCGAGAACAAGGAGAAGGGAACCGACGAGUUUUACGUCCUCAGCACGUAUGGCAACUUUUACGCCCAUACCCGUGCCGCUGAGGCCCUCGCCGACAAGGUCAACGAGGAGGCGGACAAGCUCUACGCCAAAUACAGCAACGACCGUACCGCUCUCACUCCUCGUGCCCGCGGCGAGUUUGCCGAGGAGGUUGCCUCGCUCAAGGUUGUCACCACCGACACUGGUCUGCGCGUCACGGCCGGCAUCUACGAGGUUGUCGGCGCUCGUGGCACCUCUAACAAGACUGGCCUCGACCGUUUCUGGCGUGACAUUCGCACCCACUCGCUUCAUGACCCGGUUGCGUACAAGAACCGCGAGCAGGGUGUGUGGUUCUUGCUUGACCAGGUGCCCGAGCCAUCGUGGUACACCUAAGUAUGUGCGUGGUGUGUUGUUGUAUUCGUGACGAAUGAAGUGAUAUUUGACGCGGUGGCGGGUACACGGGUGGC